AGAAUGAACACUGCUGCGCGUCUCUGUUGUUUGUGUGUUAUUUCGGAGCACGGAGAACUGUGAUGAGAACAGCGUUGCAAGACCUGAGAAUUCAAUAACGCGAUCUGUGUGAUACUACUAAUAAUGCGAAGCCGGACUCGGUCGGGAGACAUGCUGGAUGCAGAUGCACUACUGAGGCGAGGUAUAUAAUCUAACUGCAUGCGUGAAUGAACGACUACACCACGAACACAUUUUACACACACUGGCAAAGAGCCGUCUGUCACACGCUUCCCCCCCGCAGAAACAAGCAGCCGCCGCUGGAUUGGGAAAUGCAUUUCCCCAAAAAGUGCUCCGUUUUCAAAGUGGUCCUGAGCGCCCUCCUCCUUGUAGCGCUCCUUCAGCUCAUGUACCUGUCCCUGCUCUCCAAACUGCACGGCAAGCAGCAGCGGUACAAGUACUCUGAGCUCUUCGAAACCAACAGCCAGCUGAAGCGCGGCAUUUUCCAGCACCAGAAAAACACCCGCAAGGAGCGGCUCAAGUACUCCCUCUCCUCCGGUGGCAUAUUUGACCAGAGCGGGCAGUACCGCGUCUAUAAAAACAUUAUCAAAAGCGCAUUCACCGCGAACCACGAACCGAGGGGCAGCUCGGACCGCACGCAGCAGUUCGCCUUGGCCACGCACACCUCCAUUAACAACCUGCAUCACCUGAACGAGCUCCUGGGCCGUUGGCGGAACGCCCUGUCCGUUGCCAUAUUCGCGCAUGCGCAAGAUGUCAAGUUCUCCACGGCGCUAAUCUUUGCCCUGAGCGAGUUUUGCCCGCAAGUCCAAGCGCUGGUUGAUUUCCAUUUGAUCUGCCACUCGGGCGAGAUCGCGAGUUUCCCCGAGCAGGACCGGGAGCAGUUUGCCGGGCUGCAGGACUGCCAGGACGUGUUCCGUAAACUGGAGAAGCACAGGGAUACAUUUCAGAACUACGCCAUGGGGCGCAACGUGUCGUACCCCAAUAACCUGCUGCGCAACGUGGCCCGGGCCGGUCUGGACGCGGACUACACCCUGGUCAUCGACAUUGACAUGCUGCCCAGCCAAAACUUGCACGACGACUUCCUGAACUUCCUCAAAAGGAGAGCUCCCCGCCCCGACGAGGUGUUCGUUGUGCCCGCUUUUGAAAUAAGGCACACCCGGAAGAUACCUGCCACCAAAACGGAGCUUCUGCAGCUCUACCAGGUGGGUGAGGUGCGACCCUUUUAUGAGGAGCUGUGCCACAAAUGCCAAGCGCCCAGCAACUACUCUAGCUGGGUGAACCUCCACAGCCCGGGCGGCGCUGACAGCACGGAGCUCCAGGUCGCCUACACGGUCAGCUGGGUCGACCCCUGGGAGCCGUUUUACAUCGGGGGCCGAGCUGUGCCGUUGUACGACGAGAGGUUCAGGCAGUACGGGUUCAACAGGAUCAGUCAGGCCUGUGAGCUUCACGUUGCUGGCUACAGCUUCUCCGUGCUGAGCAGCGCUUUCCUGGUGCACCGGGGCUUCAAAGUGUCCAGAGAGUUUCACGCCAGGAAGGACGAGGAGAACCGCCUCAACCGAGUUCUCUUCAGGCAGUUCAAGGAGGGGCUGAAACUCAAGUACCAGGACUCGACCCGGCGCUGCUGAGGGGGAUUCGGGCACCCCAAACAGGCCCCGUCUCUUCAGUCCUCUGUGUGUGUCUGUGUGGAGCAAGCAAACUGAUUAGAUUUUGUUUGCAGGGAUAAGCAGACUAAACUAAACGAAAGAGUCCCAAGUUGGGUGUGUAGUGAGGAUGAAACUGCAUAUCUAUUUGAUCAAACUUGUAAGGACUUUUCCAGUGGGCAUGCUUUUUGUGUUGCACGUUUGGUUGAUUGAUUUUUUUUUUUUUAGCGUUUCAGAAUUUCUUUUUCAGGAAAGUAAUCAGUUGCAUAUUCCCAGUGACGACAGCUUUGCAUAUCCACCUCCAGUAGGGUUGAUGGGCUGAGCCACCAGCAGACUCCACUGUCUUGGAGAGCUGAGGCAGGGGUGUACUGUUAAAAUAUUGUCAUUAUACCAUCAACUCUCUCUCUCUCUCUCUCUCUCUCUCUCUCUCUCUCUCUCUCUCUCUCUCUCGUGUGGCAUUUGAAAAGCAACGUCCCGAGUUUCUAGCUGUGCGUUGAGUUUGGAAAGUCAUUCGAUGGCGUCUGGGGUCACCAGAUGGACUCCAUUUGCACCUCCUGCAAAAGCAUGUGUUGGGCAGUGAUGGGGGAUGUGAGUGAUGGAUUGCACUUCACCACAGUCACAAUCAGGAGACUCCUCCCAUGUGCUGUUCAAACGCGGUUCAGUGCAGUCCAGUGUCCAGCUAGUUCCUUCGUUGGAUCUUCAGUAAGUAUCUGGUUAGGGACAUCGCAGGCUGACCACAUAUCUCACCAGCCGCUGUCUGUGUCGCCCCAUCAACUCUGAAACAGGAGAUCAAUUUAAAGUGGUCGUAGCUAACAACAUUAUUUUGUGCAGUUUUGAAAGAAACACAUGUUAUACCAAUUUGUAUUUAAAAAAAAAAAAAACUGGAACUACAGGAAGUUCUCAGUUUGCUUGCAAUGCCUUCCAGGAAGUCUGUUACUGCUGCACUUCCUGUGCUCAAAGCGGCUUACUGGCUGCAAAGCGUGGCAGAAAAGGAAGUCCUGAAAUGAUCCAGGAAGUGCAAGACAGUGAUCCACUGUUUUCUCUUAACAAAUCUGCAGUUUUCAGUUGAACCGGAAAACGAACCCAUUAAACAAAUCAAAGGAUGGCAUCAAAUGAGGGGUUCUUAUUGCAAGAACCCAAACGCAGUGUGUUUUUAUUUGUGUUAAGUUGCUUUGGCUGAGAGUUCAGGAGCUGCUCUUCAGUUCUAGUUGCCUGCCAUAGACAUUAUGUAACGCAGGGCAGGCUAGCUUCUUUAUAGCAGUGUGAGUCAGCGCCAUCUAGUGCACACCAUGUGUAUUGCCAGUAAUACAAAACACCUUGAUCUAAAUGUAUGCAAUAGUUCUUAGCAUAUUUAAAAGUAGCUACUUAUAGCACAUGAAUUGGAGUGUUUUUCAUUGACAAGAUAGGUAAGGCAGUACUGUUUUCCAGGCUAAAUCAUUUUUUUCAGUAUCUAAGAAAUCUCUUCAGGACCAUUAGUUUUAAUACACUGAAAACUCCACUACUGAUUGAAGUCAGCAUGUAUACUUGCAAGUAUUUUGAAAGUCCUACUCUUUUGAAAUUGAGCAAAAACUAAUUAGGAACUAAAGAUGACAUUGACCUAGAAUGACAGCCUCACCUGUGUUUAUUUAUUAUGUAUUUGUUUGUCUGUUAACUUAUUUGAGUUCAAUUAAAGUGUUGAUUAAAAAAAAUAAAACAGUUCAAACUGUG